AUGAAGAUCAGCAUCGUUACUGCUACUCUUGUUCUCUCUGGCCUCUCUCUGGCCGCCCCUUUGACUGAGAAGCGUAUGGCAGCCAAGGCUCGUCGUGCCACUGCUACUCAUCACUCCAACCCUCCCUAUGUCCCUGGGUCAAACGGUGUCGAAAAGGUACUUCUUACAAACACCACCAAUGAGCAAUAUAGUUCAAAUUGGGCUGGUGCUGUUCUCAUUAGUACUGGAUACAGUUCAGUAACCGCUGAGUUUGUGGUUCCCAAACCUUCUGCUCCAUCUGGUGGCAGCAGUAGCACCCAAUAUUGUGCCUCCGCAUGGGUUGGUCUUGACGGUGACACCUGUGGCACCGCCAUUCUUCAGACUGGUGUCGACUUCUGUGUCCAAGGUGGCUCACCAAGCUACGAUGCUUGGUAUGAAUGGUAUCCGGAUUACGCGUACGAUUUCAGUGGUAUCACCAUUUCCGCCGGUAAUACCAUCAAAAUUACAGUCACUGCUUCCAGCAAGACGGCCGGUAAAGCUACCGUUGAGAAUGUCAGCACCGGCAAAACUGUAACCCACAGCUUCUCAGGAGAGUCUGCCGCGCUGUGCGAGUACAAUGCUGAGUGGAUUGUUGAAGACUUUGAAUCUGGCUCAUCAUUGGUUCCAUUUGCUAAUUUUGGCACCGUCACCUUUACUGGUGCUCAGGCGACCAAGAGCGGCUCCACUGUCGACACCUCAGGUGCCACUAUCAUUGAUAUCAAGCAAAACAACAAAGUCCUCACCUCUUCUUCCGCUUCUGGAAGUACCGUCAAGGUCUCCUACGUCUAG